AUGAGGAACUAUACCUCCUCUGUGACCGAGUUCACCUUGCUGGUAAUUCCUAAUACCCGAGGGCUGGAGAACAUGGAGAACAUGCUCUUCAUCCUGUUUCUGGCCUUCGAUCUCUUCACUUUGCUGGGGAACCUGCUUAUCUUCCUCACCAUUCUGGCUUCCUCCAACCUCCACACUCCCAUGUAUUUCUUCCUGCGGAACCUCUCAGUGUUUGAUAUCUUUUUCCUAUCAGUGAGUUCUCCCAAAAUGAUGCUCCACCUAAUGGGGCAAAGCUGCACCAUCUCUUACCGGGGCUGUGCCUGCCAGCUCUUCUUCUACCACUUCCUGGGUGGCACUGAGUGUUUCCUGUACACCGUGAUGGCCUAUGACUGCUUCAUGGCCAUCUGUCACCCUUUGUGAUACUCGGUCAUCAUGAGCCACAGACUGUGCACUGGCUUGACAGUGGGCACCUGGCUGGGCAGGGUGGGGGGCUGUCUGCAUGGAAGUGUCCUCACAGUUCUCAUCUUCAGGCUCCCCUACUGUGGCCCCAAUGAGGUGGACAAUUUUUUCUGUGAUAUUCUAGUGGUGCUGCCCCUGGCCUACACAGACACUUCUCUGGCCCAGAUGGUGAGCUUCACUACUGUGGAUGUUGUGACUCUUGCGUGCUUUUUCCUAAUCCUUGCUUCCUAUAGUCAUAUCCUCCUUUCCAUAUUGAAGAUCAGUUCUUCAGAAGGCAGGCGCCGAGUCUUUUCUACUUGCAGUGCCCACUUGAUCUCUAUCCUCUUGUUCUACGGGCCAGUGAUGCUCAUCUGUCUCUGGCCUGCCUCCAGCCCCUGGCUGGAUUCUGUCAUUGAGGUGUUAAAUAAUAUUGUCACUCCUUCCCUCAACACUCUGCUUUACCCCUUGAGAAACAAGGAUGUGAAAUUGGCCGUGAAAAGGGUGUUGACUCAAUUAGUCCACAUUUCUGGGGAAUGA